CAACUUUUAUAUUUUUUAAUUAGAGUUUAGAUAACAAUAUGAAAAUAAUAUGUCAAAACUAAUAAUCGUUUGGAUUGUAAUAACGAUGAUAUUUAAACUAUAAUAUAAAAUUUAAGGGCUUUCGGACCGGCUUUAGCCCAAACAGACUUAUGUCCAAAAUAUUCAAAGCCCAAAUGAGCUUAGCUUGAAAAGUCCAAUUUUUCUUGGGCUUAUAAAACUAAGCUCAAAUCCGAUAAUUUUUAGGGAUGGGUGGGCUCGAGUUACGAGCUUCGGUCCUAGUUGUCAUUGAUAUCCUGCCCAUUACCUAAUUCAUGUUCUUCUUUAAUUUAGAACAACUACCUAUUACAGAUGAUAAUGAGUUAAGAUGACGAUAUAACUAAUGAAAUUGUAUUAUCGUUAGUGAUCUAAAUUGUUUCGGUAGGGCUACUAGUAGUUGUUGACAAUAAAUAAAAACUUUAUGAUUUUUUUUUUUUUUUUGUAACACUAUGAUUCUUUUCUUUUCAUCCAAUAAACCGGUUUCGUUUUUUUCUCGGGUGCAAUAAAUUGAUUAUAAGGACAGUACAUCAUUGUCCACAUUAUUUUAAGAAAGAAAUUUAAAAACCAACAAAAUAUAUAAUAGAAAUUACUUCAAAAUGUCGACAUAUUUGGCGUGUGCAUACAAUAUUCUGGAGAACUUAAGCAAAUGUCUUCUCUUCUCUAAAGUCUAAACCUGUUGCCCAACUGCGAACUCCAUCACGAUGUCGACACUAACUUGUUUCUUCCUCCAACUUGUUUUCUUCUCUAUUCAUCCUAUCUUUAUUCUCGUAUUUAAUAACUCUCAUUCAUUCAAGUCUUUGGACUUUACGAGAAUACUUCUUUUUAACGCUAACUUUUUUCAUGAUCCCAACGAGAUCUUCUUAGUCACUCAAUGUUCUUCAUCGAUGUUCUUUGGAGUUUGUUUCCUCUAUACAUUUUCAGAUCAGCAAGAGAUUCUCUCUCAGAAACAGAGUCCAUCUUGCAGGUAGUUCCUGAGACAAUGGCUGCUUCUUCAUCCACCAUUCUUUGCAAUGCCAGCGAGUCAGAUCUUUGUCGUGACGAUUCCGCUGCGUUUCUGCUUAAAUUAGUAGCCAUAGCUUCCAUUCUCUUAGCUGGUGCUGCUGGUGUAGCCAUACCACUCAUUGGGAGAAACCGCCGGUUCCUUCAAACAGACAGUAGUCUCUUUGUGACUGCUAAAGCCUUUGCAGCCGGUGUGAUCCUCGCCACUGGGUUUGUUCACAUGUUGGCCGGUGGCACUGAGGCUCUGAACAACCCGUGCUUACCGGAGUUUCCUUGGUCUAAGUUUCCUUUCCCGGGGUUCUUUGCGAUGGUUGCUGCUUUGAUCACUCUGCUUGUUGAUUUCAUGGGGACUCAGUACUAUGAGAGGAAGCAAGAGAGGGAAGGUGCUGAUCCGUCUGAUGAACAGCUUGGUCUUGAACAGUCUCCUGGUAUCGUCGUUCCCGUGGUUGCGGAAGGAGUGGACGAUGAUGAUAAAGUGUUUGGAGAAGAAGAUAGCGGCGGGAUUCACAUUGUUGGCAUUCACGCUCAUGCUGCUCACCAUACACAUAGUCACCCUCAAGGUCACGGUUCUUGUGAUGGGCACCAGAAAAUUGACAUUGGUCAUGGUCAUGGACACGGACACGGACACGGACACGCGCACGGAGGUUUGGAGCUCGGAAGUGGAGCAAGGCAUGUAGUUGUUUCUCAGGUUUUGGAGCUUGGAAUCGUGUCACACUCCAUUAUCAUCGGCAUAUCACUUGGAGUAUCUCAAUCUCCAUGCACAAUCCGGCCUCUAAUCGCAGCACUGUCGUUCCACCAAUUCUUUGAAGGGUUUGCGCUCGGUGGAUGCAUCUCCCAAGCGCAGUUCAGGAACAAGUCAGCGACCAUUAUGGCUUGCUUUUUCGCCCUCACAACGCCGAUAGGGGUCGGUAUUGGAACUGCAGUGGCGUCGUCUUUUAACUCUCACAGCGUUGGAGCGUUGGUCACAGAAGGUAUCUUGGAUUCUCUGUCUGCAGGGAUACUUGUGUACAUGGCUUUAGUGGAUCUCAUAGCUGCUGAUUUCUUGAGUAAGAGGAUGAGUUGUAACUUUAGGCUUCAGAUUGUUUCUUAUAUGAUGUUGUUCCUAGGAGCUGGACUCAUGUCUUCUCUUGCUAUUUGGGCUUAGAUUGUGAGAUUAUUUCUUCCGUUGUAGCUGCUAGCCUCAGAUAAUAUGUAUAGUUCUAGAAUAAUUAAUCUUGAAUGUAUUUUCUUGAUUCUUCGAACU